UUAAAAAGUAUAAGACAAUUGCAGUCCGAUCAUGUCCUGUAAAGUGGUGCUCCUUGUGCUCCUGGCAGUUUGCAUUGCUGCCUCUGCAAUGGAUGUCUCCUCGAGCCAACGGUGCCUGUGCAUCAGAGUGAGAAACAGGCUGGCAGCUGUCAAGGACAUAAAGACCAUAGAGAUCCUGCCUCCUACUUCCAGCUGUGAAGAAGCGGAGAUCAUAGUCCAUUUGAAAAAUGGAAUCCAGUACUGUUUGGACCCAAACUUCAAGAAGCUUCUUUUCAGCCUCAAAAGGAGACGCCAGUGAAAGUAUCUUCAGUUACAGAGAGGUCAGCACCAACGAUCUUGCUUUUGAGAGUACUUCGACCUGCAGUCCACACCCAACUCCAUAUAUGACCCUCUUUUUAAUUGCUCACUUGUCACGUGUGCUUUGUGGAAAUGUCCUUGUUUUUGUAUACUGUUUUUUUGUUCAUCUGAAAAGUCCCUGGCAAUAAAAAAUAAACUUCUAUUCUGAACUA